GGAAGUGAAGAAUAUCUUUAUCUGCUCUUGGAGUUCUCGACAAAUUUGCUCGUAUAUUAAUAUUAGAUUAGAUUGAUUAGAUCUAAUCUAGAUCUAGAGAUAUCCUCUAGACUAGAAUCUAGAUGUUAUCUGGAAUUUAGACUAUCUAUUCUAGAUUAGAUCUGUCUCUCUUCAUCGUGUCUAGAUCUGUUUCAAGUGUUUGUUACACUUACAGUACAUCUAUCUAGUCAAGCUCUAGCCUAGAUAACUAACAAAAAAUUGUACCAAGUGAGUGUGUGAAGUGUGUCCAAGGCAAUAAUUAUAUAAUUUAAGUUUAUAAUAAAGUUUAUUAAGGCCCAGGAUGGCACAUUUUGUGUAUCCUACUGCUAAUCCCAUGGCUCAGGUAGCACCAUCAGCACAGGGCUAUCCUUCAGCUCAAAGUGCUUAUGUAGCCACACCUCAAGCUGCCUAUGCUGCAACUGCAGCUCAACCAAGAGCUGGACAGACCUAUGAAAGUUACCCUUCUGCUGCUUCUGCAGCUGUUCAUCCUUCAACACAGUAUGCUUAUUCGAGAACACAGGUUGCUGUUACGAGUGCCUUCUCCUUGCAACCUACCGUGACAUAUGAUCAGUCUAAAACUUAUUACCAACCCACUGCUGCCACUACCUAUUCAGCAGCUGCUGACCCUCAGUUCCAGGCUGUUGGCCUUUCUUUAACGACAGCAAAGCCAGCUUUUAGUACUGGAGCAACAUUUGCCAGUGCUCAACGCCAGGCUGCAGUGGCGCCAAAAGCUCAAGCUAUACCUGUGUCAUCUACUGGUACCAGCUAUGUGUACUCCUCCACUACUCCAACAGUGACAACAUAUUCCACCACUGGCUACACUGCUACCACAACUCCUCAAUCCAGUAUUUCAAUAGGUUAUGAUGCUGCCCUAUACUCAGCUGCAAGCAAUUAUUAUAGCCAACAACAGCAAGGUAAAACUGGGACUCCGUCUUGGAUGGUUAAAAAGACUCCAGCUGGUGGAAAUCAGUUCAAGCCCAAACCUAAAGGUCCUCCCAAGGCACCACAGUUGCACUAUUGUGAUGUGUGUAAAAUCAGCUGUGCUGGUCCACAAACCUAUCGGGAACAUUUGGAAGGCCAGAAACACAAAAAGAAAGAAGCAGCUCUUAAAGCAAGCCAGCCAUCAGGCCGCCAGUCACACAACCAAAUGAGGUGUGAGCUUUGUGAUGUCACUUGUACUGGCCAAGAUGCAUAUGCUGCUCAUAUUCGUGGAGCUAAACAUCAGAAGGUUGUGAAGCUGCACACCAAACUGGGCAAACCUAUUCCUUCUGCUGAGCCAGUUGUGUCAACGAAUAAAUCAUCUGGAAAGACCACUGCAAAAGCUGCUACUGUACCAACAGCAACAGUUGCCAAGAAAGUUUUGCCUGCACCAAAAAUCAAUUUUGUGGGUGGAACCCAGCUGAAGACAUUGGCAGGAAAACCAGAAGAAGUUAAAACUGCAACUACAACAACAACAACUGCAGUUGGCUCUGUAGAUGCUGCAUCCAUGUCAGAUGAUGAUGGCGAUGAAAGCAACUCAGCUUCUGAAAAGGAUGUGACACCUGUUGGACAUGAAUACAUUGAAGAGAUCAAAAAUGAGAUAGGAAAACUAGUUAGCUUCAAUUGCAAACUAUGCGAUUGCAAAUUUAAUGAUCCAAAUGCAAAGGAAAUGCAUCUGAAAGGAAGAAGACAUAGACUUCAGUUCAAGAAAAAGGUAGACCCUAAUCUUCAAGUUGAAGUUAAGCCUAGUAUUCGCGUGAGAAAAAUACAGGAAGAUAAAAUGCGCAGACAAGCACAAAAGGAAGAGUUUUGGCGACGCAAAGAACAACAAGAGCGCUUACGUGAAGAAAUGAGAAUGGAAGAUGAAAUAUACUGGGGUCACAGGCGAAUGGAAAUGAUGGGUGGUCCUAUACCUCCUGAAUUUAUGGACUGGCAGAGAUUUGGACCAAUGGGUCCUAUGAUGAGAGCACCUUUUCCUAUGCAUCCUAUGUUGCGACGACCUGACUCAUCAGAUGAUAGACAUGUUAUGACUAAACAUCACAGCAUUUAUCCAACAGAAGAAGAGCUGCAAGCAGUUCAGAACAUUGUUUCAGCAUGUGAAAAAGCACUAAAACUAGUGUCAGAUGUUUUAGCAGAUAAUGACACAAAAGACAAAAAGGCAGAAAAACCUGAUACUAAGAAAGUGGCAGUUAAAAUUGAAACUACCAGUGAAACAGAAAAAGAAGGAGAAAAGAAAGAGAAAGAAAAAGAAGAAUCUACUGCUACUCGUGUAUUGAAAGGUGUGAUGCGUGUGGGUGUAUUAGCCAAAGGACUACUGCUGCAUGGUGACUUGAAUGUUAAUCUUGUGGUACUUUGUUCUGAAAAACCUACACGAACCAUAUUGGAACAGGUGGCUGAUGCAUUACCUAAACAGCUUCAAACUGUCACUAGUGAAGUGUAUGAAGUGAGACGUUGUGUGGAGGAAGCUGCUAUAAUUGUCAGUAGUGAUGUGGAACCCCAGACAAGCUGUACUAUAACUCUGACCUCUCCAAUAAUGAGAGAGCAGAAUCAGCCUGAAGGAGAGACGGUUAACGUCAAAGACCCACCAGAUGUCCUCGACAGGCAGAAAUGCCUAGAUGCUCUAGCUGCCUUACGUCAUGCUAAAUGGUUUCAGGCUAGAGCUAAUGGGCUUCCAUCAUGUGUGAUCAUCAUUAGAAUCCUGAGAGACCUUUGUCAACGAGUACCAUCCUGGGCACCACUGAAUGAAUGGGCUAUGGAACUUCUUGUAGAGAAAUGUGUCAGCACUGGAGGGAUCAACAUGGCACCUGGAGACUCUCUGCGAAGAGUUUUUGAAUGUAUUUCAUCUGGAAUAUUUUUACCUGGUGGUCCUGGGUUGUAUGAUCCUUGUGAAAAGGAAGCUUAUGAUGUGACAGCAACAUUGACUAAUCAGCAACGUGAAGACAUAACAGCCCUUGCUCAGCAUGCAUUGAGGCUAAUAGCAUUCCGUCAGAUUCACAAAGUAUUAGGCAUGGAUCCUCUGCCAGCACCAAGAUUCCCUACAAAACGGUUCAGCAACAGAAAACGAAGGCACACCAAUAGUACAGGAGAAGAAGGAGCUGAAAAGAAGGAUCGCAAGGAGAAAGAUGGGGAAACAACUGCCCAGUAAUAAGAAAUGAAACUUUGUUUACAAGAGUACGAAAAAAUGUUUUGUAAAUACUGGAUUAUACUUGUUUUUACUUUUAUAUGUCAACCAUUGUUGAAAUUCUUGAUUGCAUUUAAAACUGGAUGUUGAAACAUUUCAUAGUACAGAUAGGAAUCUCUUUUCAUAGCAUGUUCUUUUGUUUUUUAACCAUCAACUUCAAGUGAGAGUUUGUUUUAAUGUCAUAGCAUUGUCUUUAGUUUUAUAACCAUCAACUUCUAGUGAGAGAUUGUUUUUUUUUUUUUUUUUUUUUCAGUUCAUCAUUUUUUUUUUUACUCAAGGCUUGUAACAUUAAAUGUUUAUUUUGUUUGUUUAUCAACAACUGAUGAGAAUGUUCUUGGUUGUUUCAAGUGUUUUUUUUUUUUUUUGGUGUCUUUUACAUCUCUUUUCAAAUUCUUUGGAAACUUCCUUGCUGACAUCUGGUUUGUGUACAUAGUUAUAUCCAACAGAAGCAACAUUUUAGGUUAUUCAAUAAAGCUUUUUUGGUUCUGAUAUGACUUGCAUUGAUCUAAUAACAAGCUUCAAAAGAUUAUUUCCUUUUGAUAGCUCAGAUGUUUCUUUGGCCAGCAUUUGUCCAAUUAUUCCUUUCCAAAUAUUUGCUUUGUGGAUUGUUAACUCUAAUGACUUUUAUUUUGGUCCCAAUAUACACUAUUCAGUUUCUUAAACUCCUUGAAGCUGCUUGUAGAGUUUGUGUUCAACAUUUUGCAUGUUUUCAUGGCCAAAUGUUCAUUAAUGACUAAACGUUGGUUCUCAAAAGAUAUUGUUUUGUAAUGUCCAGAAACUUGCCAGCUACUUUCAGUUAUCAAGUUUUGGAAUCAAAGUUGACAUUUUUAUCUGUUCAUUAUAAUGUUCAAAGAAAUUUUGAUGUUGUUUCAAUAAAUGUCAAAAUUGCAGAA